GUGUGGUGAUCCCUCCUUGAGCUAGUCAUGCCGUUGGCCUAUGUCAAAUCACUCUAGCCUCAAAACGGAACCCGUGUGCCUUAUCAGGACGUUUGGUUAAGUACACACGAAAAAAAAAAAACAAGGACAGCUGAGAACACAUUGCCACAUCCAAUCCAAAGAAGAUGUUCACAUCGAAAUGCUUUUCGGGUGCGUCUCUUUUUGGACUAGUUUGUUGUUGUUUACAUAAAACCCGAUUUCUUUUGGGUUAAUUUACGAAAUACCCCAUUCCUUUCGGAUCAGUUGAUCAGAGGAGAAGGGUCAAGGUCGAGAGAGAAGCCGCCAGGAGGUGCAGGGAGGUCAGGGAGGUCAGGGAGGUCAGGGAGGUCGCCAUGGAAACCGCGGGCUUACUGAACGCGCUGUUCAAGUACAUCAAAGGAGACCCCGUGGAGCGGAACAAGACCGAAGUUGAACCCGAGACAUGCUCCAACCUGCUGAUAAAAGAGACGUUGUUUUACCAGCUCUGCCUUAUCCCCUCCCCCCAUGGACCUGUCCGGGCGAUCCCACCGUAUCUCUUACGCAUGCGCCUUCGGGUCAACAGUCUACUUGAUAGUUGCAUGCAUCCUCGACAGCUUCCGGGCCAUUGAGUUUGACGGCCCAUUUUUUUUAAAAA